ACCUGCAAUUGCAGUCUAUUAUGCAUCUCGACCGCCCGUGUUGUGCUUUCGCGGUUCGCCAACGCGUUUGCGCGGCAUCGAUCCGCCUCGCAGUCUGCAUCUUCUCGAUAAACAUCACAUCGUGCCAGUUCAACGGCGGAUGUUCCUCAGAGGACCAGCCGCUUGUGUCUGUAUAAUAUGGAACAUCGUUCCAACGUUCUCGAUCGACGAGGAGAUCGGGGAGAAUAACCGAGACGAGAAAGCGAUGCGCAGCCUCGCUCGCAAGCUAUUGGUAUGGCCGACAUUGGUGCUGUCUCUCCUGGUAGCCGGCCGUCUGCUGUUCGGCCGCGACCUCCGAUUGCCGACGACGACGCUUGUUUAUCGCGAUGACGGUGGCAUCUCGACGUUAGACGGUAGCCAUGCGAGCUCGCAGCAAGACACCGGUCCACCGGAACCGCCCGUCUACGCGGCGGGCAUGUAUAUGGCGAGUCAGCAACCUCGCAACGAGAGCGCCUGCAGAUGGUACCACGGCCUGCCGGAUAUCCUCUCCUAUCCGUCAUCCAAGCUCAUCUGGAGCCCCGAAACCGGCGAGAAGAGUCCCUAUAGCGAGAAUUCUUUUUCUCCAUGCAGGGUUCUGCCGUUCGUGUUGCUCGGUGCCGUCAACGCGACAACAUACAGUUUGCCCCAGGUUACGCUGUCUACGCACGCCACCGCCGAUCAGGUUUACGGGAUCGUGGAGCUGGCCAGACGAUGGGAGGGACCGAUCAGCCUGGCGGUGUUCGCGCCAGGCCUCGACGCCGGCCUCGCUGUCGCUCAGCUUGAUCGAGCCUGUCGUUGCGAGCCUGCCAUGUACAAGGUUUCCGUCCACAUGGUGUUUCCGGCCGGUCGACCGCCCGCUCUGGGCGCGAUCGAUCGUGCCCAGGGCGAUUGCGCCGCUUCCGAUCUCCAGGGACGGCAAGCCGAGACCGAGAGGCGGAAAAGGAGAAUGACAUAUCCCAUCAACGUCGCCCGGAACGUGGCGAGAACGGUGGCGAACACGUCCCGCGUGCUGGUGUCGGACAUCGAGCUGCUGCCGAGCGCGCGGCUGGCUUCCGGCUUCAUGGAGAUGGUGCACCAGAGACCGCCCAAAGUCGGCGUGGUCUUCGUCGUGCCCGUAUUCGAAAUAGAGUCCAAUGAACCGCCGCCAGCGACGAAGCGCGAGCUGCUCGCCGCCUGCCGAGCCGGCCUGGCGGUGUAUUUCCAUAGGUUUAUUUGUCCGCACUGCCAGCGAUUUCCCGGGCUGACCAGGUGGCUGAUCAGACCAGACCCGGGUAAGAUCCGACCGCUUAUCGUCACCAAAAGGGAAUACCCGCAUCACAGGUGGGAGCCGGUCUUUAUCGGCACGCGCGACGACCCACUCUACACGGAGGAAAUGUCUUGGGAGGGCAAGCAGGACAAGAUGGCCCAGAUGUUCGAGAUGUGUCUUCUGAAUUAUCGUCUGGUCGUGCUCGAUGGUGCCUUUUUAGUGCAUACUCCGGGAAUCAAGCGAAAAACGCACAAGAUCAAUGUGGCCACACAGGAAUUUUUCCGGCCGCACGAGAAGAAGAACGCGAAGAUUUACCAACGCGUGAUAAAGCGUUUAAUCAAACAAUAUCCGAUCAAUCGUAGAUGCGCGCAAUGAGAUAUUCGAGAUCUCGACGCGUAAGCCUUUCUGAAACAAAGAGAAAUAAUGAAGAGGGACCGAUUCGACACGCUCGAUGCCUGUAUCCGUAUACGAUAGAAAAAAUAUUUUUUAGUCAUAUCAAAUUUUAUAUUAGACUAAGGUACGAAUUCGCACCGAUCGCUUUUUCACCGCGGAAAUAAAGGCUGUUUUUACUGAAAA